CUCAACAUCGAAUACACGACCACGUCAAGAAUCGACGAAACAAGAUGCGGCAACAUCAGCACAACAUCAAAGUAGAACAAACUGCACCGCGGUCUGUUUGGCAGCAGACCGCAGUGCGAGUCCUUUCCGCCGCGUGGGGCUGUGCGAAAACCAAGCUCGAGCGGCACAUCAACCCCACAGUAAUCCUGUUCCUGCGUGAACUGUGGGUGUGGUUGCUACAGUGCCCCGCUUUGAAAAUGUGUGACAAGAGAGGUGGACCACAACAGCACGACAAAGCGACACCGAGGAAACUUGGAAGACGGAGCAUGAAAAUCGACCUUUUCAAGCAACGGCUGGGGACGGGCUUCACUGCUGAAAGAGACAGGUGCUCUACUUCAAACACGGGUCUUGCGGGAGGAGCAGGAGAAGGGAUUUGCAAUGCUGCUGGCCAAUCAACAUCAUCGAACGAAAAAACAAUGCUAUCUCCGUCAUCCUCCUUAACCUUCUCCCGAGGAGGAACCACAUCCACAUCAAAUAAUCCGGAGCACAUCAAAGCCACCGUCUCGAAUUUGAUCCAGCAGCAUUUGUAUCGAAUGCAAAUAUGUCUGGGUCUGGAAGAGAAUUGCGCGACUUGUCCUGCAGAUUUUGCAUGACCCAUAAGGUCCGGAAUGCAGGAACUAGCAUGACAGAUUCUGUGGCAACAUCUCGAUCCUGCCUGUCCUGCAUGAGAAACUCCCUCUCAACUCGGCCAAAAGUGGACAACUUUUGCUAGACACGCAACACAGGUUUUUACAGUGUGCAGGCUCAGCAUGACAAGUUGCAACCUUCCAGACCCAGUCGUAUUUGCAAUGCAUAAUUUGAGGCAAACCAUCUUCGAGAAUCGCCCGUAUGCUGACCAAGAGCAGCUGAAUGAGGACUUCGUUGUCGAUAUGCAUUGCAAAAGUAUCGUAAUCGUACUCGUAUAAAAAUAAAUGCAUAUACAAAUUUCCCCAGCAUGAGAAAUAGGAUUUGCAAUGCAGAUUUGCCUUGGGAACAAGAUUUGUAAUGCAAGACUUGCAUUUAAAUUUAUACGAGUGCGAUAUUUUUGCACAGGAUAGUCGAAAAAGUCGCGGAAUCCAUUCUCUUCACUUUGGAAAACUCCGCCAUGCUGCUCGCAGAUGCUGCCGCGGAGAAACAGCGGGAGCAGGAGGAACAUUAUGCAAGAAGCUCCUCGUACGACUACUACAAAAAUCACAGUAACUCAUCUUCGUAUUACUACGGUUCUUACGGAUCUUCUGCAGCUACCAACUCGUCGUCCUACUACGGCUUGGGUACUAGCAGUGGUUCAACUUCUACUUACGGCUACAACAACACGUACUAUACCAACACAGCCACCGCUACUCCCUCAACAUCGUCCCAGCUUCAAGACCAGCAGGACAACAAGCUCCAGAUUAAAUUACUCCAGAGGAUCGCGAAACAGCUGCUGCAGAAAACCCGAGAGCUCGGCUCCUUGGCCGUUUACGCAACGCUGCCUUAUGAAUGCGAGGUGCAGAGUGACUUGGUUGCGGAUUACGCGCUAUGCAAUGCAGGAGUAUCGUACUAGUAGAAAUCGCAUGACAAAUUCACUCAGCAUGAGAAAUGGAGUUUGCCAUGCUGUUUUGCCUUGGGAUCGAGAUUUGUAAUGCAUGAAUGCGAUUACUACGAGUGCGAUACUUUUGCACAGGAUACGCGCUUCCGAAAAAAGCAGUGUUGUGGCCGAGGACAGGGUAUAGUAAAAAUCUUCAUGCUGGUGCUUCGUCUUCUACUUCCGGGGAAACAAGAAAUCAGCAGCAGCCGCGUGGUCAAAAGGUGACCCAACCGGACAUUAUGUACUCGUUUCACUUAUCAAAUGUAAAAAUGUCUGGGUCUGGAAGAUUGCAACUUGCCAUGCUAAAUCUGAAGCAUGCAAAAAUCUGUGUUGCAUGAUUGCCAAAAGCCGUCCAGUUUUGACCAAGUCUGGAGGUAGUUUCUCAUGCAGGAUAGGCAUCAGAAAGGUCUCGCAGAAUCCCUGCAUUCCAGACCUCAUGGGUCAUGGAAAAGCAGCAUGACAAAUCGCGCAUUCUUCCAGACCCAGACAUUUUUACAUUUGGUAUCACUGUCCGUGUUGUUACCGGCCACAGAAUAUGCAUUGCAAAUAUCCCCGGGUCCUCUGGAAUAAACCUGUAAUGCUGAACGGUCAUGAGUGAGAGCGCCUUUAAGUGCAGUGUAGCACGACAAAUUUUCCAAGCGCUCUCUCAUGUUUAGCGCGCAUUACAAACUGCACUUUUCCAUGACGAAAUUAUUCAAAUUGUGGCGCUUUUGAUGCUUCUAUGCAACACAGAUUUUUCUGGAAUCCUGGACACGCAAUACAGGUUCAACCUUUCCAGAGGAGCCAGACAUAUUUGCAAUGCAUACAGAAUUUGAAGAUGUGGCACUUGAACGGAGAGUGGGAUGAGGAUUUUUCCAGAGUAUCCUGUGCAAAAGUAUCAUAUAAUUCGUAUUGCACACAUGCAUUACAAAUUUUCUUGUUAAGUCAAAUUCGCAUGACAAAUUUUAUUUCUCAUGCUAAGAAAAUAAUUUGUAAUGCAUUUAUACGAGUACGAUACUUUUGCAAUGCAUACAGAGAGCCCAGCAACAACUCCUGUGAAGAUGAAAAUGAACAACAUCUUCAGCCACACGAUAAAGCUACAGCAGAACAGGAAGACCAAAAGAACUCGCAACUCUUCCUCGGUGCUUAUGGCGUUCUCAAACGUUACACUCUCAACUGUUACACGAGUUUGUGAUGCAAAAAUGGAAAAAGUGGACGGGGUGACCUGACCUUGCGCGUCUUGCAUGACAGAUUUGGAACAGUUUCUCAGCCUGUUUGGCCCUUCAAGAAUUUGUCAUGCAAAGCAGCUUGACCGCGCCGAUUCUGAUUGUAGUUUUGCGUGACAAAUCAUGUAACAGUUGAGAGUGUAGCAGUUGAGAGCGCCAUAGUGCUUUUGCAGCGGAGCAGUCGGCAAGGUUUUGGAAUGAACACGAUCCGAUGUAUAUGCAUUGCAAACAUGUCUGGGUCUGGAAGGUUGCAACUUGUGAUGCUGUCUUUGAAUUCGAAAAAAAUCUGUAUUGCAUGCCCACAAGGAGGAGUCUAGUUUGUUCUACGCCAGGAGGCCAUUUCUCAUGCGGGAUAGGCAUCAGGAAGCCGUCUAAAAAUCUGUGAUGCCAGGUCAUGCAUUACAGGCAUCAUGGAGCAUAAGAAAUGCGCAUGACAAACCUGGCUUUCGUCCAGACCCAGACACAUUUGCAUUUGAUAAUGUACUUUCACUCCCGGGUGUGUUACGAGGAAACGGAGACUGCGAAACCCUUGCAGGAACUGGUGAAACAACAGCUUUUGUUGACCACGACAGACAAGUCCUCGUUUGAUGUGAUGGAGGAAAACGACCACCACUAUGGAAGUAGUUGGUCAACAUCUGAUGAACACAAAACAUCUUCACCGACAUCAUCCGCAGCAGAAAUCCAAAUCAUCGACUUUGAGGAGGUGUUAAAAGUCAGAAGUAUUAUCGGGGAGGAGGACGAAACUUGGAAUUUUCGCUACACCUCCGACCGCACGAGGGAGAACUGGAGUGGCAACAUGGAGCCUGCUCCGCCGUCCUCGGGAGAUUCUUAUGAAGAAGAUCAUGUUGCGGGAGGACUAUCCUGUGCAAAAGUAUCGUGCUCGUAUAAAUGCAAGUCUUGCAUUACAAAUCUUGUUCCCAAGGCAAGUCCGCAUUACAAAUUUCAUUUCUCAUGCUGAGCGAAUUUGUAAUGCAUUUAUACGAAUACGAUACUUUUGCAGUUGAUAAGGACCACAGGACUACAAUUUGGAUACAACCACAGUGUCCCCUGCAAAUAAUGCAAUCGAAAGCUGCAACUCUAGUAGUUCGAGAACCUCUUCGGAAAUGAACCCGUCUUGUUCCUCGCAGGGAGAUGAGUCGCAGACGGGCAAUCCGGGCGAGAGCAGACGUGAUGAUGCUGUUGUUCUUGGAGGAGGUCCUCGUGAGACAUCACCACCGGAGACCACGACGCUGCCGGCGGUAGACCUACAGGUAGGACUACAACCUGCUGGUGCAGCACCACUAGCAGGACACGCGCCGGUGGUGGAAAAAUCGAAUCUGAACGAAGGGAUGGUUAUGGAGGAGGACGAGCAAAUGCGAGGAAACCAAGACGGUGUCAACAACUUCUCCGGGAGGACGACAAGUUGGUCAAGAGGUUACAGUGAAAAUUGGGGUGGACAGGAAGUGAACGAAAAGAACCCGCCGGAGAACGACUGCGUUUGGAGUAGAAAUGGAGACGAAGUAGAUCCUGCACAAGAACGCAAAUCAAGUACGUUGUCCUCGUCUUCCGAAGGCAACAUUACAACUACUUCCGAGGAUGACUGCACACAAAUUUCCGCCCUUGUGACUGCGAAAGAGGACGGGCAAGAAGAGGGUUCUAAAAAUAUCACUUCUGAAGACGAUGAUGAUGAAGUAGCAGAAGUAGGCCAACAAGAUAAAAACGAAACGAACGGUGACGGAAGAACCUCUGCAGAGCAGUUGCAUCAACCACGAGAAAUAAAAGAACGAGCGGCAGAAGAUGUAGUUGAAGCAGUGACGCCAACUCUGCUCGAAGACGGUAAACUUGUGAACAUAGACGCUAUACUCAAAUCCAAAACGGCACCUGUGGCAGCUCCGACUUCGACAGGCGCUCCUCGGUCAUCUACUAGUGGUAAGGACGGCAACGAAGAACAACAAGAAAAUCGGUACAACUACUACGACCAAAAAAUGAAUUACGACGGCUUCUACUCCUCAUCUUCUUCUGCUUUCAAAAACAGUUCUUUUUCGGCCCAGUGGACGGAGGAAGAGUGGCAAACGUGGAAAAACAACAAGGACAAAGAGGAGGAGCUUGCGGACGCGAAAAUCAAAAGGCAGGAACUGCUCGACGAACAGGCGCAGCGAGAAAAAAUCAAAACACAACUGUUCCAAACCCACCCGCGGAUACAGGCCAUCGUUGAAGCGAAUAGAUGCAACGGGGAACUACAAGUAGAUCAUGAGCAUCAACAAGGUUCUUCCUACUUCCAGGACCCGCACAUCAAGAAGUGCGCGUUUGUGAUUUUCCUGUGGGGGGAGUCGAUUGAGUACGUGUUGGGGGCGUGUGUGUUUAGGCAAGGCAAAAGUAUCGUACUGGUGCACGUAGCAUCACAAAUUUUCUCAAGUUGAAAAAUGGAUCUUGUAAUGCUGCUUUGGGUAGAGGAUGAAAGUUGUAUAUGCUAAUGCAGUGCUGCGAUUACUAUGCGAUACUUUUGCAGAGGAUAGUGUUAGGGAAGUCACUACUGGAAACGGAUACAAAACAUGAUCUGCUCUGUCUUCAUACCAAGGACGUCACAGAGCUGAAAACGCUGGAGAAAUUUUGGAAGUGCAAGGAGAUCAACCACAUAGAAGCGACGGACAAGGGAUUGUUCAACGGCUGGAAGGACCAAAACCGCUUCUGCUACGUGUUCACCAAUAUCAAAUGCAAAUAUGUCUGGGUCUGGACGAAAAUUGCAGAACCACUUGUCAUGCAGGUUUUAUUCCGUGACCCAUGUGAGAACUGAAAUGCAGGAACUGGCCUGACAGAUUCCGUAGUGAUGAGAUCUUUAUCAUGCCUAUUCUGCCUGAGAAACUCCCCCUCAAUUUGCUCAAAGAACGUGGACCACCGCCUUUGGUGAUCAUGCAACACAGAUCUUUGCAUGAUUCAGAUCUAGCAUGACAAGUUUCCACGAUCCAGACCCAGAUAUAGUUGCAAUGCAUAACCAAGCUCCACGCUUUGAAUCAAACCGAAUACGAGAAAGUUCUGGUUCUCGACAUCGACAUGUGCAUUCGGCGCAACAUCGACUGUUUAUUCGACCUCCCGUGCCCGGCGGCCAUGCAGCGGGGGGCGAACAACAACUGCAAGUACGCUAUCAAAAUGAAAGAUUCCCCCUCCCCAUAUCAAAGCAAAAUUUCUGAUGCUGGAUUUGCGUACACAGAUCAGGUCUGUCUUGCAGUAGAGGACUGCAGGCCCAUAUCAUGCCACUGUAGAAAGGUUUUGGCCUAGGCACUUAGCAUGAGGAACGUCUAUGCUGUAGGCCGAACAGCAUUACAAACCGCCUGUAUAAUGGGGCGAAGCUGAUGCCGUUGCUUUCUUGCAAGACAGACGCGAUUUGUGGCCACAAAUCAGCAUUGCAAAUUCUCUGAGGCGUGUUCUUUCGAUAUGGGGAGGGGGGAUUUUUCCUUACGAUAUACGCGCACGGCCAGUCGUUAAACGGGGCUAACUAUCAAAUGCAAAUAUGUCUGGGUCUGGAAGUUUCUGACACCUGUCACGCAUGUUGUGCAUGAGCCAUGACGUCUGUGAUGCAUGCCGUAGCAUCACAGAUUUUUUGAGGGCUUCUGGUUGCCACCUAUUCCGCAUUACAAAUGCCCCCUCCACCUAGCAAGACUCUCAUUACCCAUUGCUGCUCAUGCAACGCAAAUUUUUCUAGGAUCCAAAUGCAGCAUCACAAGUUCUUGCACUCUUCCAGACCCAGACAUAUAAUUUGCGCUGCAUACCAACUUCUUCCGGAAGGGUCUGUCCGGCCCCGAAGCACCGAAGGAAAAUGAACAGUGGCCGGAGGCGUUUUUCCAGGGAACGGGGAUCAACGCCGGGGUCAUGCUAUGCAAGUAAAAAACUGUGUAAGUUUAACUUUCUUGGAGGAACAGCAUCACAAGUUUGCUCUGCAUGACAGAGAAAACCUGUCAUGCGUAGCUAGUAUCAGUGAAAACUAGUGCGAAAAGAGCCUCUGAUGCAUGUCCAGCAUGACAAACGUAAGCGUCUAGCAUCUUCCGCAGCACAAAGCUACACCUACACACGUUUUUUUCUUGGAUACAUGCUGUUUCAGCCGGACGCGAAGCGGUUUCAGGACGUGUGUACGGUUGUGAAAACGACCCGACACCCGGAGCACAUCAACACCACCGCGCCGGAGCAGGAUUUCUUGUCGCGCUACUUUGCCGACUACCCCUGGCACAACAUUUCUGUUCGGUUCAAUUUUCAGCUGCACCUAUCAAAUGUAAAAAUGUCUGGGUCUGGAAGAAUGCAACUUGUCAUGCUGCAUAUGGAUGUCUAAAAGAUUUGUGUUGCAUGAGCAGCAAAAGGAUUCUAAUUUUUGCUACGCGGAGAGGGCAUUUAUCAUGCGGAAUAGGCAUCAAGAAUCCCGCAAAAAACCUGUGAUGCUAGGGCAUGCAUCACAGACAUCAUGUCUCAUGCAAACCGUGCAUGACAAGUGUCAGAAUCUUCCAGACCCAGACAUUUUUACAGUUGAUAGCACCAGAUUUUUCACAACAUGAACCCGCUUAAUUGUGCGGAACGCAAGCGAUACUUGGAUCCGAUGUAAGAUUGAUAAUUUUUUUUCUUUUCAACAGGGCGAGUUUUUCUUCUAUGUAUGUUAUUGGUUGCAGCCUUAUGAAGCCAAGCUUUCUCGUCUUUCGAAUUAUGAUUCCAAUUUCAUCGAGUGCCACUGCGAGUUCAAAAAUGCUCGUAAUUUUUACAUUCAGCUACACAAUAUUAAAAUGAAAUCUCAGUGGCCGCCUUCGCAUCGCCGUGGUUCACUAUUCGGGGACUUUGAAGCCUUGGCACCACGUCUGCGAUCCCGAGCAUCACGAUAGCAGCAUUGUAUGAAAGUGGACCACAAAGAGAACUGCUCUACUUGUGUCACCCCUCGACCUCGCCCCCUCCCCGCUCACUAUCAUCUCGAUUCAAGUUGUGCAUGAACACCAGCAAGAGAUGAAGCACUAACAGGCACAAUGAUCCUCGUGUAGUUUUUACUUCUGAGGACGAGAAGAAGUGCUUCUAGAUGCUAGCGCCGCAGUUUAUUACCGUAGUCGUGCUGCAACUUCUUAGAUGCAGCGCAGUUCUAGGACGCGGGGGCACGGGCAGCUGCAAGCAUUAUAGCACGAGUGGUUAUCAUGCCUUGGAAAUGAGGGGGACAACUAACAACGACGAGGAGUUCUUUAUUUCCACUUUCAUACACUGAAUCUUUCGUGGAGAAGUGUCUGAAUGAGUUCGAAACGUACAAGCACUGGCACCUGAAAAACUUCGACUCGGUGGGAAUCGAAGAAUUUGAGAAGGAAGCUGGAAUACGCAUUGCAAAUAUGUCUGGGUCCUCUGGAAGGUUGCAACUUGUAAUGCUGUCUCCGGAUUCGAAAAAAAUUGCAAUGUGUAGGGCAUUUCUAAUGCGGAAUAGGCAUAUCAGGAUCAGGAACAGGAAGAGUUCUAGACGUCUGUGAUGCUUCUAGGGCAUACAUACAUCACAGAUAAUCAGUGGACAUGCAAAAUAUGCAUGACAAACCCGGCAAGCAGCUUCCAGACCCAGACCUAUCUGCGUUUCAUAUGUAAUCAAGUGCGAAUUUGAAGAAGAAUUCUACGACCAGGACAACUACCGAGCCAGCAGUUCGAAAGUUUUGAAGCAUAUGUACGACAAGGAAGAGUACGACUUGUGGCUGAAAACCGACGGAGACGAAGAAUGCCGCAGCUCCAGCAAACCUGAGCCAAUUGACAUGGACAGGCUGAACCACCAAUGCAAGCAGGCAAUGGAGAUCGUCAGGGAGUCGCAUGUAUCCUGUGCAAAAGUAUCGUAGUCGUACUAAUCGCAUUCAUGCAUCACAAAUUUCUUUCUCAAGUUGAAUCCGCAUUACAAAUUCUAUCUCUCUCUCUCAUGCUGAGGAGAUCAUUUGUCAUGCGAUUUAUACUGGUACGAUGCUCCUGCAUUUCAUAGCAUGUGUUCUGGCUCUACAUGUGGAAAAAAAUGUGGGACGAAGACUUCAACAUGUUGGAAUAUCCUGGGCAAAAACGUCCCAACCCCAGAGUUGCAAUGCAAAUCUGCAUGCCUGCAAAAAAGUUUCUCAUGCGGAGCCACAUGAGAAGCAUUUUCUAGUCGUGUUCGGGGAUAAUUUGUGAUGCUAGAAUCAGCAUGAUAUUCUAGAUCUGUGAUGCUGCUGAACUAGCUAAACCGGGUGCGACUGUGGGGGCAAUCGCAAACCUGUCAUGCGAAACAACAAAAUCUGGCGGAUUUGUCUAGCAGAUUCCCCAUCAUCUUGACUAUGGGGCCGCGGGGACGUUUUUACGCAGGAUAUGCAAAGGUGCGUGUUCCGGAAAAACCACAUGAAGAAGGACGCUGUGUCGGGGAAGAUAAAGUAUCCUGUGCAAUAAAAGUAUCGCACUCGUAGUCAUUAUCGCAACCACGCAUUACAAAUCUCCUUCUCAACCUCAAUCCGCAUGACAAAUUCCAUUUUUCAUGCUGAGGGAAUUUGUCAUGCGAUUUCUACUAGUACGAUGCUUAUUUUGCAUUUCAUAUAAAGUACGUGCCCUGGGCGGAUUGGGAUUUGAUUCGGGAACUGGAGAAGCAGGAGGGGCCAUUGUGA